ACUGCCAGAUAUAGGUUAUAAUAGGGGAUGCGCCAUAUUUAUAGAGCCCUGUGCACACAAUAGCGCCCUGGCACUAGGCUCUGUCUCAGUGGGAGGAGGUGACCAAGCAGGGAGCGGCAGUGCAGGGGUUAAGCAGCGCUCACUUCCUCAUCGCACCGCCUGACGUGCGUUGUGUACACGGUGAUGGCGGGCUCCGGGAGGCUGGCGGCCGCCGCUGACAGGGGGACAGUGCGGCGGGCAGGACGAGCCGGGGCGGCGGUGGCCCUGGCCGUGGUGUUGGCGCUGUGCCGGGUGCCCGAGCUGUGCGGAGCCACACAAGAGGAGAGCGCAGUGACGACGGUCACCUCCAGCAACUGGACUGCGGUGUUAGAGGGGCAGUGGAUGGUGACAUUCUUUGCUCCAUGGUGCCCUGCGUGCCAGCAGAUGAAGCCAGAGUGGGAAGAUUUUGCAAGACGAAGUUCUGUCCUUGAAGUAAAUGUAGCAAAAGUGGAUGUGACUGAAGAACCAGGACUGAGCGGUCGUUUCUUUGUCACGACUCUUCCAACGAUAUACCAUGUCAUGGAUGGAGUGUUCAGACGUUAUCAUGGUUCAAGGAUUGCUGAAGACCUUCACACAUUCAUUACAGAGAAGAAAUGGAACGUUAUAGAGCCGGUUGCUGGAUGGAAAGCGCCUUCAUCUUGCUUGAUGUCUGGGAUGGCCGGUCUGUUUCACUUAUCCGGAUGGAUUCGGCAAACACACAACUACUUCACAGGACCUCUUGGAAUCCCGGCCUGGGGCUCGUACAUCAUCUUUAUCAUGGCCACCCUGGUGAUUGGACUUGUGCUUGGUUUGAUACUGGUACUUCUAGCAGAUUGCUUUUGUCCAGCUAAACCUAAGUAUCAAGCGGUGAGAUCUGCUGAGAUAAGCAAGGAAGAUGUGGAAAUUUCAGACCAAGACCAGAUGGAUUCUUCUGAUGGACUGAAGGAUGCGAUUGACAAAGAAGAUGCCAUUGAAGAGGACAUUGAAAGUGACAAGGAAGAUGACCAAGCAGAGGACAGUGAAGAUGUUAAUUCUAAUAGUGAUGCUAAAGAUUCUGAAGAGGACUCCGCAGUGGAGAAAUCUGACCCCGAAAAUGAAGAAGAACAGGAUAGUCAUCCACCACGGCCAAGCACACCGGAGACUGAGAGUGCCUUAAGACAUCGCAAAACGGAAGCUGUGGACAGUGGACAGUAGACCUCCAUAUUUCCAUACUUUAUGGACCAAAGAUAUGUCCGCACUAUUUUUGCUGCAGUUUUUUUUAUGCUGUUUUUGUAUUUUGCAUAAAAACUUCCUUUCUUACAGUAAUUUUGUAAGAAAGUAAGUUUUAGAAAUUGUCUCCAGUUGUAGGUCCACAGCACAGGACGUUCACAAGUUGUUUUUAGUUGGUUUCAAGCAUUGACGUUAUGUCUGAAGAACCUCCUUUAUGUCUGUUCAUGUCAAUUUGAAAUAAGGGUUAGUUUACAUUUUUUUUUAUAGUUUUUUUGUUUGUUACUGUGCUUGAAGGUUAACUUCAGCUUUUCAGGCACUGUACAUAUCGUAUUCAGUUAGAUACAUACAUAUAUUUUUACAUGUUUUGCACAGUUAAAGGUGUUUUUCGAGAUUUUUCUACUGAUAACCUAUCCUCAAGAUAGGUCAUCAGUAUCUGAUCGGUCAGUGUCCUACACCUGGUGCUCCCACUGAUGAGCUGUUUGAGAAGGCACCGGUGCACCUUUGAGCGCAGCGGCCUUCUCGCAGCUUACCAGGCACAGAGCGAUAUGUAUAAUGGCUGUGCUUGGUAUCGCGCUCAGCCCCAUUCACUUGAAUG